CGUAGCUGCAACUAUGGUCGACGGGACGGCGGACCACAGCCGGCCCGAGCCUGAGGUUCGGCUGGAGCCUCGGACCGAGGCAGCGCCGGAGAAUGCGGUUCUCGAGGGCGCAGUGAACGGGGCGGGUGGAACAGACGGGGACGCGGGGAAGGGGGAGAAGGGGAAGGAGGCGGGGACGGCGGACGUACCCACCGCCCGCGGAAGCUACCGCGCGAUUGUGAUGGCGUUCGCGGUGCUGGGUUGGACGGCGUUCGGAGGCCCGUCCGCGCACAUCGCGCAGUUCCACAAGGACUUCGUCGAGCUGCGGGGGUGGAUGUCAGACGAUGUAUUCGCAGAGCUGCUAGCGCUCUGCCAGACGGUCCCAGGCCCAUCAUCCACGCAAAUGUCGUUCGCCAUCGGCAUCCUGCAGAAGGGCAUCUCGGGCGGGCUGCUCUCAGGGAUUCUCUUCCAGUACCCUGGUCUCAUCAUCAUGAGCCUUGCGGGCUUUGGCGCUGCUAAGUUCUUAGUCGACCCGGGCGUGUGGCUGACAGCCAUAUCAGCAGGGCUGGCAGCAGUAGCAGUGGCGUUGGUGGCGGAGGCAGCGGUGAUGCUGGGGAAGAAGGUGUGCAAGGACCGAGUGUCCAAGGUGCUCUGUGUGGCCGCGGCUGUCAUCACCUUCUACUACCAGACGCAGUGGCUCUUUCCCACCAUCAUCCUCGUCGGCGGGCUCAUCACAGUCAUUAUCGGGCACAACAAGCCCAUCCCUCCGGCCCGCAGCGACAUUGAGAAGCUGGGGUUGAGCUGGUGGGGUGGCGCGCUGCUGAUUUUCGUGUGGGCGGCGCUGCUGGUGACGUCCAUCGUGGUGAAGAACGCCGUGCCGUACGAGAACGCCCAGUGGAUGCACUGGUUCGAGGGCUUCUAUGUGACGGGGUCGGUGACGUACGGCGGAGGACAGGUGGUGCUGCCGCUGCUGGAGAACGUGGUGGUUCAUUAUGACUGCCCCAACAAUGGCAGCGCUUGCACAGAGUCGCCCAACACGUGGGUGACGCAGCAGCAGUUCAUGGCCGGUCUUGCCCUCGCACAGGCCAUGCCCGGGCCGCUCUUCAACUUCGCCGCAUACCUAGGAGCCAUUAUCGGCAAGUUCGGGGGCAUAGCGGCGUGCUGGCUGGGGCUCUUCUCGCCGGGCAUUCUGCUCAUCUACGGCAUUCUGCCCUUCUGGGGCCGCUUCCGCCAGUGGCACAUCUACAAGCGUGCCACACCAGGAUUCAACUCCACUGCAAUUGGUCUCAUCUGGGCGUCCGUGUUCACGCUGGGUCUACAGACGUACAGCCGCAGUCCCUUCCCCAUGGCCUCGCUCUGCAUUGCCAUGAUUGGCUACGCUGCCACCAACUUCCUCAAGAUCCCAGCACCUCUGGCGAUUAUUGGAGGAGGCGCACUGGGAGCGGGGAGGAGGGUGAAGCAGGUGAGAAGGGCGAAGGGGGCGUGGAAGCUGGGAUGGGCUGGCAGGUUGGUGGGAUUAGUGUGGGAGGAACAUGGUGAGGAGGAGGAGGAGGAGGAGGAGGAGGAGGAGGAGGAGGAGGAGGAGGAGGAGGAGGAGGAGGAGGAGGAGGAGGAGGAGGAGGAGGACAUGUCAGAACUCAGAGGCAAGGGGUGGCAGGAGUGA